AUGGCCACUGUGGUGACAAUCUCCAUGAAUCAGUUGCAAGGACUCCUGGAUGCUCAGACAUCCCAAUUGGAGUCCAUUGUCAGCGCCAAAAUGAAUGCGCUAGAAUCCAAUAUAGAAGAAAUUGUCGAUCAAAAGCUACAAGCCAAACUACAGCAAGCCAAGGGAGAGUUCCAACAGUUCGUCCUGGAAGCCAUCGAACAAGAAGACAUCGACAUUCCUUCCGAAACAAAACAGCAAAUUCAAGAAAUCAAACAACACAUUCUCGCUACCGAACAAUCCGUCAGUAGACUUGUCUUGGGCUCCUCGGCAGCAGAAGCCAAGGAAGAAAUUGAAGUCGAAUUGGAUCCCCUCACGCUCAUGCCCGCAGUCUCCUUUCCACCUCCACCUUCCAGUAUCCGCAGAAACAUAAGUGCUGCCAGUUCCAUCAAUACCACCAAUGUCAUGGAAAAAAUGGUCACGGAUCUGUGUUCCAGACUCGAGGAACUCGUAGAUGAUCGGACCAACCACAUGCUCAAAAAAGUAGAAAAGCAAGUGGCCGCCGGCACCGCUAAUAGUGGUGCAUCUACUCCCAACAACAGCAAAAACAACAACAACAACAACAACAACAACAACAACAACAACCCCAUGACAUCGCUCAAACCCAACGUCAUUCGACGCAGUGCUAGCAGUGACAGUGCCAAACAAAACUCGGUGGCACAUGCCACUGCCAUGGCCAUGCGCAUGAACUUGCAUCAAAUGGACGAACUGCUCACCAAACGAAUGGUCGCCAUGGAACAAUUCAUUGAUUCACGACAUGCAGAAUUAGAAGCAUACGUUUCCAGUACCAGCGAGCAACUACACAAAUCCAUGGCAGAGACGCUAAAGAAACAUGCACGCCACAAUCGCGCACUCACAAAGGAGGAAUUGGAACAAGUGUUGGAUGCCAGAAUACAAGAUGUCGAAGAAGAAGAAGCGGAGCAACAACAACAACAGCGACAACAACAACAAUCAGCAACAACAACAAGCACCAGCCGAAUCCAGCGAACAGCAAGACAGCAAUACGUACAGGAAAAACUCGAAAUUUUGCAAGAGAAUCGCUACGAACAACAAGAUCUGCUCAAUCAACCCACACUGGAAAUUAUGCGCAAAAUUGCCUCCAAACUCGAAUCGUUGGAACAAUUGGUCUUGGCCACAUCCGUAAUGACGCCCACAACGCCCGUAGUCAGCAAUAAAAAUGCCAUCAAGAAGAAACAACGGGCAUCGACCAGUGGACACCGUAAAUCGAGUUCCAACCACAAGUCAGCAACAAACAACAAGGGGUUGGCUCAAGUCAUCUCCAACCAUGCCAGUAAAAAGGGUAUCGAUGACACCAGCACCAACGUUGCAACGAAUGCCAGCACCGUUGUCGCUGCCAAUGAUCAAAACAACUCUUUGUCGCGUGCUUCUUCUCGAGUGUCCAACGCCUACAUGGACGUUUCGGUGGAUGGAAGACGCAUGGAAGAAGACGAAGAAGGAAAAGACAGCAAUGACAAUAAGAAGGACGACGACGACGAAAUCAUUAGUGACAGCGACGAUGAAAACAACGACAAGCAAAACGGCGGCGAAACGGGUGGCACCAGUCGGGUCAAAACCUUUAUGAAUACUCUUAGCAAUUGGAAGGAACUCAACGAGAAAGAAAAAGACGCACGACGUGGCGAGAACGACGACGACGACGACGACGACGAGGACAAGGAGAAUCGUGAGAAAGAUGAUGCCAUUCUUGAACUUGACACGGAUAUUGACGAAGGAGAUGAUGAUAUUGAUAGCAAUGCCAGUGCUGGUACCGGUAUUAGUGUCGAUUCGUCCGUCGGUGACAUGGGCGACAACAAGGACGUGGCCAUGGCAAUGGAACGCCUCGAAGAUAAAUUGGAUGAUCUGGAAGACAAAGUCCAUCGUCUUUUGGUGGCCACAGGAAAUCAUCACGUCAUCGACCACACUGCUGUUGGAGUACCGAGUGAACGAUCCACCAAUGCGAAACACAGCCGACUUCGACAAUACAGCUCCGCGGAAGAUGUCCAGCAGAUGGUCUUUGCUGCGCACGACGCGCUGAAACGAGAUUUGAAGCAUUGGCUGUCGGAGCAACAACAACAACAUGACGAAGACCUCCUCGCCUUGUCGGCACAGUCGCAAUCUGCAGGGACAACGGACAUCUCCGAUGACGAACCGGCGUCAUCGCCUUCGGGACGACAAAAUCGGGGCAACAACGGAAGCAAUGGCAGCAAGCAUAAGGCCAUAACUGCUGUGCUGGGAACAGAGCAACUCAAUGUAUUGACGGAAAAGCUAAAAUCAAUCGAGAUCCUCGUUUCGACCAACCAAUCUUUCCUGCAAGAGCAACGUCGCCUGGCCGCGCCUCCCGUGCCAAAGGAGCUGCCUUUGCAAAAGGAUGUCGCUCCAACUAUUGAAUUGGAACGCAAGAUUUUGAACCAUUUGGAUACCAUGGAUAAGUCGGUUCAAUUCAAACUGGAUGAGAUUUACGGCGAAUUACAGCAACCGUCGCGUCGACGGAGUAGUGCUGGGGUGGUCGUAUCCUCUGCUGAUGCCGAUUUAGCCCUGUUGUCUCCGCAGGAUCAAUCAGCAAUUGUGGAAGCUAUCAUGGAGCGGUUGAAGCAGAUACAAGACGCGAUAACGAGACAGUUGAAGGAGUCAAUUCCGGAUUACGGGAAUGCCAAGUCGAUAAUUGGAGAAAGUUUGGAAGAAAUGAGGCAAAUCGUGUCGGAGGUUGCUAUUUCCGAAGUUGAAUUGCUCAAGACUCAGUUGGGAGUAGCGGAGGAGGCCGAACAGGAAGCUUUGCAUGCUGUUGUGGUCCUUCGGGAUCAGCUCGAAGAGUCCAAAGAACAGGAACGACGAUUGCUCUAUGCCAACGCACCAAGGCCGCCACAAACUCCCGCAACUCAAACGCCGGGCAACAUAUUCAAUUUCGGCGCCUUUGCCAAACUUGGACUGGGAAGCAUUGCCGCCGCUGCGGUUGGUCCUCCAGCACCCCCUCAACAGCGUUUGACGGCCGCUCCUGAAAGAUACCGACAUCGCAAGAUGAGCAUUGGGCAACAGAGCAAUGUAUCAGCCUUAUCUCACCCGCAUCAUGGGUCCGCCGGUAGUUUGUGGUCGCAUCCCAAUAACAUGAACACUUACGUGACCAGCGGCAAACGAAAGUCGCCCCAACAAAAGUUAGAAGAUUGGAAAAGCCAGGUUGCGAGUCUGGAAGAUAAAGCGACCGAUCUGCGAACGUUGUACAGCCAGUUGCGAGAGCAAGACGAAGACGAGUGGCUCUCAACGUCUGAACAACAUCGCGAUAACAUGUCGCCCACAGAAGGCUCGGCUCCAGUCGAGGCGGGCUUCACACCCGGCAGCCGAUUUGCUGGAGGAGAGUCCAAGGAAAUCGAAGCUACGAACAGCGCAGGAAUUUCCAUGCAAUAG